AUGGUGGCCGAGAAUUACGGUAACGUCCUCGUUGGACAUGGCCCCGUGGCCGUUGCAUGGGCGAUUCCCGGGCUGCGAAUCAUUAGACCAACUCAGUUGAUUCCUGUUGUCAGUGACCCCGAGCGGUUGUUUGGAGAACGGAAUUGGAUUAGACGCCCGCGAGGACAGUUGGGGUAUUUCCAUCCACCAUCACUAGCGUUUAAAUCAUCCGAUUCACACCCAGGCACCGUCUAUAUUUUCCUCGUUUACCUUGGAGGAUGGAGGAUUAAAACAACACCACUGGGAGAUGAAGCCUUCUCAGCCCUAAGUCAGGAUAAUGCACCGGGGGAAUGGAAAAAGUGCAAAGAACGGCCCAGUCUGAACCCUGUUGCCGAAGAAGAAGCUGAGGCACAGAAAGUGCUGAAGCAACUUGACCAAAGUCUCCUGGAAGUGGCCACACUGCAAGUAAGCGGCCAGGAUUCGAAUCCAGAGCUGAAGCAUUUAGCCUCUGGCUACCUUUCCUCUGUCCUCGGGUCAUGGCAUUGCUCUGGGACCUCUUGGGUUGUUUCCACCGGGUAUAGCUGUGGCCCCACUUCCUUGGUUUAUUAUGAGGAACCCCACCAGAAGUGGACAAGUGUGAUCUUUGAAGUCUUGGGGACACAUCCAGAGUGGCACCUGUCACAUCAUGGAAGGGAUUUCUCUCAGUUUCCCUACUAGGGUGCAGGGUGCAUUGCAUUUAUGUCAAGCAGCAGCUUUUUGUUUUCUGUAUUUAUUAUUUAUUUUUGGAGACAGAGUCUCACUCUGUCACCGG